AUGGGGUUGAAAGAAGGCGAGUUGGAGCCGUCGAUCGCGGAGAUCGCGCGGUCGCUGGCCACGAAGUCGGAGGCGUCCGAGGGCGGGGAGGGCGCGACCGGCGGCGGCGGCGGCGGCGGCGCGGCGGCGGGGGAAGGACGCUCGCCGCAGAUCGCCAGGAAGUCCGUCGCCGUCGGGCAAGCGUCCUCGAGCGGCGGCGGCGGCGGCGGCGGAAGAGGCGGCGGCGUGUCGGGAAGGAUGACCGCGGCGGUGCCCCUCGUCGACCUCACGAACGAGCCGGACGACAGCGACGACGACGACGACGGCGGCGGCGGCGGCGGCGCGGGUCCGGCGGCGUCGAUCGAGCUCGUCGUGACGCGGCAGAUCGACCGGCGCGAGAUCCGAGGGAUCGAGGUCAGGGGCGACGACGUCGACGUCUCGUCCCUCGCGCGGAGAAGAAGGACGACCGGAGGACGAUGA